UGAAUCUAUUAUUUACCCUGUCCUCUUCCUAAAUUAGGGUUUGUCAAAAUUAGGGUUUGUUUGAAAAGGCAUGUAUGGCCUUAUUAAUAGCCUUUCAAAAUCAAUAAAACCAAAUACAAAAUGGGUCUUGGUGAUCUGCUUCUGCUACACCAGUCCACAACAGCUUUCGUGUUGGGUAUUUUAGUUGCCCCUUCAAUUCAUAACCCAGAUUCCCAACCUUCUUGAAAUCUCUCACUCUUAAUUAUUCAGUUAAUUGCAUCAUCAUCAUCAAGAUCCUACCCGGCCGUUCCGUGUGGACUCCUACCAUUAAUACACGCCCUUCUGCAUUUCAAAUUAUUCGUCGCUUUCCACUCUAAGGGCAGGGAUCAGUUUGGAAGCCGUAAAGUGAGGAAGCUGCUAAGGCGGUACAAUGAGCGCAAAGACACAACUAAAGACUGGACUUCCUCAAAUUUUUAAAUCAGAUACAGCUUUGAAAUUGGCUGAGCAGUGGGUUAAUAAUAUGACUAAAGUUGAAGAGGAUGAACCAACUGAAGUAGAAUCAGAGGGGCGGCCUUCUAGGCUUGGACUUGGUGCAAAAGUUUCACGCCAAUCCAAAUUUCAACCUUCAAAUGAUCCUGUUGAAAGAAAGUUGCAUGCCAGGUUGGAUGCUUGCAAAAGAAAAGCUGCGAAAAAUGCUGAGGAGUCUCCUAAAGAUGGGCAUGAUGAUGAUGACGAAGAUGAAGAUGAUUUAGAAAGCAGAACUAGUGCUUUUGAAAAGAAGAGAGCAGUUGCAUCUACAAAGAAACAGAAAUAACUUGUCAACUCCUGAAAAUCAAGUGUUUGGAACUGUGUUCAUUUUACUGUAAAUCACCGUUUUUGAGAACUCUGUACCUUUGACAUCUUCUGGUGUAUGGAAAAUUUAAGCUUUUGCUGUAUCCUAUUGAGAGGAUAAAGUUUAUGGGACUGGAUUGGGCUUUUUAAUUAAUGCUAUUACUUCAUUCCUUGCAA